AUGUCAGCUAACGUUCUGUGGGUGGAAAACAAAAAAUCACAGGAUAGGAUAGACAUGAAAAUGCUGACAGUUAUUAUUCUGUUAGUUUUAUCAUUAUUCCCCGUUGUUUUUCCACGAUGUGAUAGAACAAUCACUGAUAAUAUACCAUUGAAAACAAAAAUCCAAGAUUCACCAUAUAUUGUGUAUGGAAUGCCGAUGAAUAAAAUAAUGGAACAAUAUAUACCAAAUUUGUUCAAUGUUACGUUUCGUGUUGAUUGUAUCUUAAAAGGAAAGUCAAUGGAUAGAAUUAUCAAUAUUAUUCAAGCUGGUGGACCAUUAUUAGGUAGAAAAUUUUGUCAAGACUUGGACGUAGGUCGACAAUAUCUUGUUUUUAUUGAAAAAUUUUUCCAUAUAUUUCGGCCAAGUGAUUUUCAAGAAAUUGAAUUCGAUAAUAUAACAGCACAAAUGUUAGAAAAAACAUGUGGUUUAGCUGCUAUUCCACCAAAUGGAUAUAAUUCAACAAUUAUUGAUCAAUGUCCACUUGUAUCCGUUGGCUGUACGACUAAUUCGAAGAUGAAUUUUAGUUUAUUGUCGAAAGAAAUCGUAACUAUAGGAACGACACAACAAAUAGAAUUUGGCUUACAAAAGAAUUUAACAGAAUUGUUUUCAAAUCCACUUGGUAAAAUUCAACUUAAAGAAUCAAAUGAUAAAUCAUUAUUUUCGGAUGUUGAUGCACAUAGUAAUACUUCAAUUCUUUAUUCAAAUAUUCUACUUCUUAUUGUAGUUUCAAUCAAUUUUCUAGUGGAAAAAUGA